AUGAAUGAUGCCCCCGCUUCCGCGACUUCACUGGGCACGUCAGCGGUUGCGGAAGCAACCGCAAUCCCUGCAGUGGCUACACCUGCUGCUACAAGCCCGGUGACGGCUCUGGCGGCUGAGUCCCUGUACAGCUGGUUGUGGCAAGACGGAGACUCGCAUGACUCGAACUGGCUUCCAUUUCGACAGAGUGACCAGAAGAAGCUUGAACAGGGAGAGGCCGCAUCCGUCGCAACUGUAGAUGUCGAGGGUGGUCGGUGGCAAGUUGACCUCAAAGAGCGCAUCCUCAUAGAUAGGUAUGGUAGCGAUCCGCCACGCAAACAGAGCAAGGUGCGGCGAGCCCUUUGGUUUCUGCAGGCGGCGACGCUUAUCCCUUACGACGAAAGAAUUGGCGCAGCCAUUGAGGCCGCUCACGAGAGCGUGUGGCUAGCGGCUAAGGCAGCCAUUCCGAAGGAGGACCUUGAGAUCGCUGAGACCGUGAAUCUAGAGUCGGGAAGGAAGAUCUCUUUGAAGCUGAGGUAUGAGCAGAAGUCUAAAACCUGGAAACUCUCAGCCAAGGAGAAGUCCCAGGCAGCAACCUCCUUCAUGGAGUAUGCGCAAGCAUCCCUCUUUGGAAAGAGCUACGAUUUGCAGCGUGGUUUUGGUCCUAUUGCCAUCCAGCCGGGAGAGGAGGAGGAGAGAGUGUUGGGAAGUGACGUGGGUAAUCUCAUUAUCCUCGUGCAUGGUGUUGGCGAGAAGAUGUGGAGCGAGGAAGGCUGCGGGCUGGCUUCAUCCUCUGGAAUUUUCCGCCAACACAUGCAUGUCAAGCAGCUGCAAUCUUCUGGCUUCGUGCAGAAGGGCUCCAGCUGGGAGUACCCCGGUGAAACGCCACCUCCGAUUUGCAAGGAUGAGGUUCUGGAGGCAUCCUGGUGGGAGACCAUACACACAGAUGAAAUGGACGCACGCCUUGCGCGCAUCAGCUUGCCAUCCAUGAAGCAGGUGCGGCAAAUCGCUAACUUUGCCGUAGUCGAUGCUCUUUACUACAUGCAGGUUGGCCGUAAAGAGGCCAUUGUGGCGGCAGUUGCACGUUCAGUCGAGGCGGCGCUUGCUCGCUUCAAAAAACACCAUCCAAAGCAUUCCGGCAGUAUUGUGCUGGCCGGACACUCAUUGGGAGGCGCAAUCCUCUUUGAACUCUUGCGCAGCCAGGCUCCCAAACUGACUUUCACCCCACAAGCAUUGUUUACGAUGGGCAGCCCAACGGGCUUGUUCUUGCACGUCGCGGAUGCCGUGCCUGGUGAGUCUUUUGCACUUCCAGGAAGCACCCGCUUCUUCAACAUAUUUCACCCGCUAGAUCCGGUGGCCUACCGCAUCGAACCCCUCAUCAAAGGAGAUCUUGCUAAGCUGGAGCCUGCCAAAGUUGCAGUGGAGGGCGGCUUCGGCGGUAUGAAGGUCCACUAUGGAGUACAGAAGAUGGUCAACUGGGCCACUGGCCAGGACAAAGACCAAGCCAGGUUCAAUGACCUUUGCCAGUCUGUGAAGCUGAAUGCUGGGGACCGCAUCGACUGGUCUCUGCAGGAGGACCUCAGCAUCAUGACUGUUGCGGGGGUUGCUGGUGAGUUGAUGCAAGCGCUUCCAAGCCAUGCCUGCUACAUGAAAUCUGCGGACGUCGCAGCUUUCGUGCAGAGCCGAACACACAGCCUGGUGAUAGAGCGGCGCAUCGCGCUCAAGACUGAUACACCAGUGACUGAACCGAACCGGUGCUAA